AUGCCCCAUGAAAACAGAAAAAGAGGCAAGAAACACAAAAAGCCUGCCCCAGAUGCAGACACAGAGCAACAACAACAUAGCACAGAACCAGAGCCUAAAGUCGAAGCUGGACCAUCAUGGAUCAUCCCAAAUCCACAACAAGAGCAGGAGCAAGACCUGGAGGCCCUGUUUGGGUACCUCGAUGUGGACGUCAAGGCGUAUUUCCAGACGGUGGACAUGCAGAUGCAGCAGUGGCAGGAUAGGGAGGUGGAGGUGGAUGAUGAGGGUAAGUGUGCAGUAAGGAAAGGAAGGAGAAAGCUAAUUUUUUGUAUUUGUCUAGAAAAACACUCAUUCUUCCUCGCUGCCCUCACAGAGAUGACGGGCAAGGAAAAACAACUCGCAACUGAUCCGGAGUGUUUGGUGGUGUUGGAAAGGAUAGUGCAUUCAAUGGAUGAUUUUGUGAGGAGGGUGUUUUUGGAUAGUUUGACAGGGUUGUAUGAAACACUAGCUCGACAUCAGUUUGCAUCGCAUGUCUGUCAGACCCUUCUCAAGGUUUCUGGGGAGACUGUUUCGAGAGAGAUGGGUAUACUACCUGAAAUACCACAAGGUGAUGCAAAAAAGAGACAUCUCCCAAUGAUAACCGAACUCGUACUGGAUUUAUGCGACAUACGUUCUGAACUCCUCCCUGUCUUGCCUCUGCUCCUCCAUGACACAUUCGGUUCACAUAUCAUCUGCAUGCUCGCUCUCCUGCUCUCUCCCAUAUCAAAUACACAUACACAGUCCCAGACCUCCAAGCGCAGUAAAAGUUGGAAAGGCAAGCAAGGCGAGAUGUGGAGUCUCUUCAAGUCAGAAAAGGGGGAGGAGAGGAAGGGGGAGAGGCCAAGGAGCUUCAGAGAAGCAGCCAGGAAGGUUGUGGGGGCAUUCAGGGAGGGGAUGAGCGAUAAUGAGGUAUGGGCAUGUGCAGGGAGUAAAGUUGUGUGUCCUGGUCUUGAUGUUCUCAUCGAAGUUGAAGCCAAGCAUGGUAUGUCAAAUGAAAGCAGGAGCCUGAUGGACCGCGUAUUGGUUGGGAUGGUCAUGAACUCUUUGAUGCCCACCACCGAGUCAGACUACAUCCACACUCUCCUCCAAGACGCAACCUUGUCCCACCUACUCGAAACCAUCAUCAUCCAAUCUCCUCAACCAGUAUUUGAUGUUCUCUGGUGUACAUACCUCUGCCCAGAGAAUGGCAGUGUCGAAUGGCUCGCAACACAUGCAGUCUCCAAUUAUGUGCUGGCUCAAGCCAUGGGUAGGGUGAAUCCCACGCAACUCGGUGCUAUGGUCGAAGUUGGGGGAGGUGGGGAGGAUGUUUGGGGUGCGUUGAAGGGUGCGUUUGGGUGUGAGGAGGUGGAUGAAGCAGAGGUGUUGAUUAGGGCUGUGAUGAGUCUGAAGAUGGUUGAGGUUUGUGUUUGUCCCUAUUGGCUGUACAGUGCUCAUGUGUGUCGUGGAAUAGGAUUACAAGUCCACGAGUAUACUUCCAGAGCCAAAUGUACAGGGAGCAUUGUUAUUGCAGUCCAUGCUGCGUCUGAAGGAUCCAUACAACACUGGGACCAUAGAGAGGUUAGUCAACAGUACUCUCCCCGCUUUUUAAACUCAAACUUUUUCUUUUUCAGUAUCCUAUCUCUCCCUAUAACCUCACUCAUCCCCCUCACCCAACACCCCAUCUCCUCAUGUGUCCUCAACGUAUUCCUCGACUCUCCCACAGUCCCACACAAAGCCAAGCGUCAGCUCGUCCUGGGGUUCCUAGGGCAUUUUCAUGAGUUGGUCGAUGACAGGAUCGGGAGUCAGGUGGGGGAGAGGUGUUGGGGUUGGAGUGAUAUGUAUAUGAAGGAGAAGAUUGCAUGGAGCAUGAUGGAUUACGAGCAGAGUGUGGCUGCAUCAUUUUAUGGGAGGUUUUUUAUUAGGGCGUUGAAUUUGUAUGUGUUGAAGAAGAGGCUGGGGGAGUGGAGGGAUUUGGUUGGGAAGGCCAAGGAGAAGAAGGAGGAUGUGGAACCUGCUGUAGAGGUAGAGCAGGAAGCAGAGAAACUGAAGCAGAAAUGGAAACAAGAGAAGGAGAAGGAGAAGGAUGAGAUUGAGAUGGUGUUCAAGAAGGUGAGGAAGAAGGGCACUUUGGAGGGAGACUUGAAGGAGAAGCAGGAGAAGCAUGCUGGUGUGUUGGAUGAUCGGGUUAUGGAGGCUAUUAGGUCUGCUCCUGGGGAGGGUAAGAAGAAGAGGAAGUGGUAG